GUCAACAUGGCUGCGUUGUAUGCGGAGGACUGACAGCGACGGAGAAGUCGUGUAUCACACAUAACAACGUAACUGUUUUGUCAUUUUGCGAUGACUGCGAAUUAUUACUUUGCCAUAGUCGGCCAUGCUGACAAUCCGUUAUUCGAGAUAGAAUUCAAUAAUGCUGGGAAGGACGCGAAGAAGGAGGAUCACUCGCAUUUAAAUCAAUUCAUCGCUCAUGCGGCGCUCGACCUCGUUGACGAACAUACGUGGAAGACGACAAACAUGCAUUUGAAAGUUGUGGAUAAAUUCAACCAGUGGUUUGUCAGUGCUUUUGUGACAGCGACCCACAUACGAUUCGUCAUGGUGCAUGACAGUAAAAACGAAGACGGGAUCAAGAACUUUUUUAAUGAAAUGUAUGAAACCUACAUAAAGUACUCAAUGAAUCCAUUUUACAAGCUGAAUACUCCUAUAAAAUCCUUGGGAUUUGAGAAAAAAGCACAAUUAUAUGGUAGAAAAUAUUUAUCUUCAUGAAUGUAAGGAUUACUAUUAAUACAAGGGAGUUUAUAACUUUUCUUCACUUCAUUCAGGAUUUGUAUAUUACAUAAUAUGCCUUUAGUAAAUAAAUAUUUGUAAAUUUGUUUUUAUCAGUAUCUAAUAUUAAAGAAUAUUUUUUAAAAAA